AUGACGGCAACCAUAUUCUAUCUUCUCGCCGCCAUUCUCGCUGCCACCACCGGGACGCUGGCUGCCGGCGCCGGGGACGACGGCAUGACGCACCUCCGCCUCUACAUCCACGAGACAUUCUCUGGCGCCAACGCCACUGCGGUCCAUGUCACGGCCUCCCCGCUCGGGGGCAACUCCACGUACGGCACCCUCAGCGUCUUCGACGACGAGCUCCGUCAAGGGUCCAACGCGGCGUCGCAGCUCGUUGGCCGCGCCCAGGGGAUCAGCAUGCAGGCCGACCUGCAGGACUCCGGGGUGUUCUCCACGCUCCUCACCGUGGUGUUCACUAACGGGGGCUAUAAGGGCAGCACGCUGGUGCUGGGCGGCCGCGUCGACUUCGGCCCGGACGGGAAGGCGGCGGCGGAGAGGGCCGUGGUCGGUGGCACGGGCAGGUUCCGGCUGGCGAGGGGGUACAGCCUGAUGAGCAAGCUCGGCGCCACGUCGAGCACCGCCGUCUUAAAGUUGGACCUCUAUGUCAAGACGGACGUUUGA